AUGAGUUUCCACAAGGAAGACGGAGUGAGCAGCCUGUGCCAGAAGGCGCUGCACAUCGUCACCGAGCUGUGCUUCGCGGGCCAGGUGGAGUGGGAGAAGUGCUCGGGCAUCUUCCCCCCGGACCGCGGCGGCCAGGGCGCAAGCAGCACAGAUAUUUCAGUCAGCUUGUUAGCGGUGGUUGUCAGCUUCUGUGGCCUGGCUUUGUUGGUUGUCUCACUUUUUGUCUUCUGGAAGUUGUGCUGGCCUUGCUGGAAAAGCAAACCUGUGACUUCCAACAUCAGUACCCUUCCACAGAGCAUUUCAAGUGCUCCUACUGAAGUCUUUGAGACCGAAGAGAAAAAAGAAGUUAAAGAAAAUGAAAAGCCAGCUCUAAAAACUGUAGAGCCUGCUAUAAAAAUCAGCCACACUUCCCCUGAUAUCCCAGCGGAAGUCCAAAACGCUUUAAAAGAACAUUUAAUUAAACAUGCACGUGUGCAAAGACAAAUUACUGAGCCUACAUCCUCAUCCCGCCACAAUUCCUUCAGGAGACACCUGCCGAGGCAAAUGCAGGUUUCCAGUGUGGAUUUCAGCAUGGGCACAGAACCCGCUUUACAAAGAGGAGAAACAACAACCAGCAUUGGGAGGAUAAAACCAGAGCUCUACAAACAGAAAUCAGUCGACUCUGAGGGCAACAGGGAAGAUGUCAAAACCUGUGGGAAACUUAACUUCACCCUCCAGUAUGACUAUGAAAAUGAACUUCUAGUUGUUAAAAUUAUCAAAGCCUUAGAUCUCCCUGCUAAGGAUUUCACAGGCACUUCUGACCCUUACGUGAAGAUGUAUCUUCUUCCAGAUAGGAAAAAGAAAUUUCAGACCCGUGUGCACAGAAAGACUUUAAAUCCUCUAUUUGAUGAAACGUUUCAGUUUCCUGUAGCAUAUGAUCAACUAAGCAACCGAAAACUACAUUUCAGUAUAUAUGAUUUUGACAGAUUUUCUAGACAUGACAUGAUUGGGGAAGUGAUUCUUGAUAAUUUGUUUGAAGUCUCUGAUCUCUCCAGGGAAGCUACAGUGUGGAAAGAUAUUCAUUGUGCUACCACAGAAAGUAUAGAUCUGGGUGAAAUCAUGUUCUCCCUUUGUUAUUUGCCAACCGCUGGACGUAUGACGUUGACGGUCAUCAAGUGCAGAAAUCUGAAGGCUAUGGAUAUCACUGGGUCAUCAGAUCCUUAUGUCAAAGUGUCUCUGAUGUGUGAAGGUCGAAGACUGAAAAAGAGGAAAACAACUACAAAGAAAAAUACUCUAAACCCUGUGUACAACGAGGCUAUUAUUUUCGAUAUCCCUCCAGAGAAUGUGGACCAGGUCAGCCUCUCCAUUGCGGUCAUGGAUUAUGACAGGGUCGGACACAAUGAAGUCAUCGGAGUGUGUAGAACAGGACUGGACGCUGAGGGUCUUGGGCGAGACCACUGGAACGAAAUGCUGGCCUAUCACCGAAAGCCAAUAACACACUGGCACCCCUUGCUGGAGUUACCUGGCCGGGCAACCAGUUUUGAUAGUCAAGGAUCCUGUCCAUCUCCCAAACCACCUUCCACACCAUAA